AUGAGGUUAAAUAACUCUUUCCUAUUAGGAUCAUUAUUUCUAUUGUUACCUAGUCAACUUUCAGUAGUAGCGGAGGCAGUUGCUGAAGCAGAACAUAAAGGAUCAGAAAUCAACGUAGAACAUGAGAAGCCACCUCAAGGGUUAACAUGGGAAGAAUGGCAUAUGCAACAAGAGCAUCAAAUGAGCGAAUAUUCACCAGAGACUUUUUUCGCAUUACAUGAUGUUAAGAAACAAGGAUAUUUUGAUCGUGAUGAUAUUUUGUCCUUGUAUGGGUUGAAUCGUGAUGAAAUUAUUGGUGCAGGAAAUGGGAUGGGGCAACAUGAUAACAGUGAAGCUGUUGAUGAAGAUAUGGCUAAAAAUUUAGUUGAUUUGAUUUUGAAACUUGUAGAUGUUAAUGAUGACAAUAAAAUUUUGAAAGAUGAAUAUUUGGCAUUUGCUAAGAGAGGUAAUAAGUUCCCAGAUUUGGGUGUUGGUGUUGGACAUCAUUCUGAUUUUGAAUUAGAGUACGAAAUUCAUCAUUGGAACAAAUACCAUAAGGAUGUUGAUCCAGAUGUUAAAAAUGUCCAUAAAGAAGAUAUUGAACACGAAUUAUUACAUCACGAACAUGAGAUUGAACAUGAAGAAACUGUUCAAAGGGGAGCCCAAAAGGCUACUGUUAUAACAGAUGACCAAUUGGAAGCCAGAAUAGAUUUAAAGAAGAUUCCAGGUAAAUUCAAGAAUGGGUUAUACUGA